GCAUGUCUAUUAUAUCCAAAAUGGCGUAUGAUCCAUUGAGCCAUGUUUAGAAUUUUAAAUAAAAUAUUGCACGAGAUUAUUUAUCGACCCGCAGUACAUGAUGAGCUCGACACAAGGUUGUCCUGGAGGCCGAGGACGUGGAAAUAAACCAAGUGGUCAAUUAAGAAAACCUGGCGAGAUUCGCACACCUGAAGUUGCUGAAAAUAAUAUAUCUCAAGACGAUGAAAAACCACCUGUACAAAAGCUUGAACUGAGCGUCAAUGUGGCCAGUAAAAGUGGACCAAAACAGCUUGCACAAGGUUUGUAUUUACUUGAUGGUGCUAUAUUGUACUAUGUUUUACUAUAUUUACUUGAUGGCGCUAUACAUGUGCCUAUGUAAGCAGUAAGCUAUGUUGGGGUUAUGCUGAUCGACAGCUGAUGGAAAUAAAAUUAAGGUCUCAGUUUUAAUGGGUUACCGUCACCGAAAAUUUCAAAAGUUGAUGCGGAUUUUUUUCAUUAUUUAUUAUUUUUCACGAUUUGAAUUUGUCAAAUUCUGAGCUAAAAAUCUGAAUUUCGACCAAAAACAUUCAUGAAAAAUUUUGACGAUUCUUGAGCUUUUUGCUAGCUUCCGAGCUAUCAUCGGCUAUGUCUUUGAUUUUGUUUCGCCGUGCCAUUGCUAACUGUAUAAACAGAGUCACUAUUUGCAAAAAAAUUCAACACAAGCUAUUUUUGAAACACUUGCUAUGCAAAUUUGACAAAUAAUGAAAAAAUAUUGAAAUAAUGAAAAUUUCAUGCGGCUGCCAAUAACACAUGUGGGCGGGUGACGGUAAACUGAUACCUUAAUUCCAUCAGCCCUAUGUUGGGCUUUGUUGUACUAUGUUGUACACAUACACUGUAAAAAGUCAUAUAUGAAACAUAAAUAAUGCACUGAUAUGGAAAUUUACCGAUCUCAAGUGAAAUGUAUGGAAAUUCUCAGAUCUCAAGUGGAACACACACGUCGAGAACAUCGUACGGAAAGCUGCUAAGCGUAUUUAUUUGCUAAGACAACUCAAACGAGCUGAUGUAGAUUCCAAAUCGUUAAUUAGAUUUUACUGUUCAAGUAUAAGAUCAGUACUCGAGUAUGCUUGUCAGGCGUUUCAUACUAGUUUGCUGCAGUAUUUAUCAAAUGAUAUAGAGCAUAUUCAGAAAAGAGCCUUGCGUGUUAUUUAUCAAGAUUUGAGUUAUACGGGAAAUUUAAAAAGAGCAGAACUGGAAACCUUGCAUGACAGACGGACUAUGCUGUGUGAUAUGCUGUUUUCAAAUGUUAUUAUGAACCCACAACAUAAAUUGGCUGAAUUGCUACCAGCCCAGGUUUUUUUUCAGGAUUUUCACUUGGGUCCGUUUUUGCAGAGAAGAUUGAGUUUAGCUGAACAACUGGGGUGGCUGUACCCCCCCCCCCUACCGGGGGGCUGACACCUGUACUCAAUAUGAAAUGUAGUUGAGACGGAAUGUGUUAAAGCAGGGGCACUAAGGGACACUAUAAAUUGGUUAAAGAUGGCGAAUGCAUAGUUUUUCUUGUGUUACAGCCAUUUUUUUUUAAUUGUCGGGUUUCCAACUGAAAACUAAUUUUCACACGUCACAAAUUUAACUCAAACAACUUCAUUUUUACUACACUGAAACUUUGGUGAGAAGAUUGAGUUUCAAAACUCAAUUCAAGAUUGAGUUUUUGGCUAUUUAACGGCCCUAAAAAAUCCGUGAAAAAAACCUGCAACCAAAAAUAUAAACUCAUAUGGCCUGAGAAACAAUAGAAAGUUUAACGUUAAGUGGACAAAGACAAAUAGAUUUAACAGGGCUGCAAAUAAAUAUUUGACUUGACAGGACAUUUGCCGAUCAUUUUUUAUUUGGUCGGACAUAACCUGAAUUUGGUCGGACAAAAACCAACAUCACUCAGACAUAUAUAUGUGACAAAAUAUAUAUAAGUCACGAGAUAAGUAUGUAUGCCAUUCCGGUGCAACGUUAAGUAAAAUUAAAUGCUAGAACGCCUCGUUUUAUUUGCAAAAUGCAAAUUGAGUGAAUUUGCAAUCGGAUUUUGUCACAGCAAAAAAAUGUAUAAUGUGACAAUUUAUUUUGUGAUCGGACCAAUGUCCGAUCAAAAUUACUUUUGCUCGGACAUUUGCCAAAUUUAGCCAGACAUUGUCCAAUGUCCGACAGUAAUUUGCAGCCCUGAUUUAAUAAUAGUUUUAUAAUACAUCAAGCUGCAAAGUUAUAGAUUUAUUGAUUAUAAUUGUAAAUAACUACUUAUUGAAUUUUUAAUGUAAAUAACUACUUAUUGAAUAUUGUAACAAAUUACUUUUUAUCACUGUAAUUCAGUCCUCGGACUGCAAUGGUUGAUUAUAUUAAAAGAUAUAAUAAUAAUAAUAAGUGUGAUAACUGAUGUCAUAGUGAUAUGUGUUUUUUUAUUUCUUUAACUUUGCCACAGAAAUUAAUGGAAGGGUCACCACAACAGCAUGCACCAAUUACUGUAGAUCCUUGUGUUCUGCGCAUAUCCUCAUACUCUGAUACUCAUAUUAUGCACCAAUCAAUUUAUACUGUCCACAUCCCGGCAUACCCCUGGGCAUUUGAACUUUUUGAAAUAUGUUUGCGAUCAAAUUUCCCACCCCCAGGACAAAAAUGCUGUUCAAAUGCCCUACAUAUAAUGGAAAAUUGAUGGUCAAAUGCCCCAACCCCAGAUCAUUCUGACUGUAAAUUCUAUCAGAUCAAGUUUGGAAAUUGUGUGAAAACAUAUACACUGAAUAAAUGGCCUACAUAUAACCACAGAAAAUUGAUAGUCGAAUGCCCCAAACCCGGAUCAUUCUCACUGUAAAUUCUAUCAGAUCAAGUUUGGAAAUUGUGUGAAAACAUAUACACUGAAUUCUGAAGAUAACUUCAGCAUUUUAAUAAAUGAAACACUGUAUUACAAAAAUAGGUACGCGCUGCGUACAUGUGGGUAGCCUGCAUUGUUCGUCUUGUUUGCUAAUCGCUAUUGUCAUUGUCAAAUUCUGAAUUUACUGAAAGAAAGUAUUACGUAAAUUGGACACAGUUGAAAUAUUAUAUACAUUUAAUCACAUACAAAACAUCAGAUAUGACAAAAAUACGUAAGCGACUGUUACGUGCAUUUUUCAAUAAUUUAUAAGCAUAAACAGAUCUAAGUCAUGAAGUUACAAAGUAUUUUAAUGUGUCUGCAAAAAUAAUUUGCACACACUGAACAGUACAAGGUCUUAUAUGUAUACGAAACAAAAUACUUCACAUGAUGAAAUACAGACAGUACCGAAGAACACUUCACACAAGAAGAGUUCUUGUUCAAAGGACAGCAUACAUUAAAGGCUUAGCCAAUAAAACAUCGUCCUUAGAUCUCUAGUCCAUGCAAAGAUAUAAGGAUGAUGUUUUCCGGCGGGGUUGAAAAAGAUCGACAUAUUCUUUAUUUAGUGAUGAUUAAACAACGACAUAUUCGAUCCCAUAUGUAUUGCUAAUGACAUUCAACUUGCUUUCAACAUUCGACAAAUAAUAUCCCAAAGACUUCGUGCGCUAAUAUUCCACUGACCCUUGUGUAAACCGUGCUUGGCUUUCUAUUUGCCUUAACUUACAGAUUCGACCAGCGCAUUCGAAAAAUAUAAUACAAAUAUAUUACACAUUCGACAACUACUGUAUAUUUCGAAGCCCUGAUCCGAUUCCAAUGACGUACAAGCAUUAUGCGGCAACGACAUACUCGAUUCUAUAUAUAUUGCAAUAGUCUCGUGCGUUUAAAUGUGACAUUCCUUCAAUAUAGACUAACGUGGUUUUCAUUUUCUCAUCGAACGAUCGUCGCGCGCUAUAAUCCUAUAUCAUUAAUUUCUAACUACAAUUUUUUAUCAAACUGAUAUGUCGUGUUUAAAUAUGACAUUACACGAUAUAAAACAGACCCCGUGCGCUAAUAUUAACCCCAAUGCCUUGUACAAGCUGUGAUUAUAUAAACAACAACAUAUUCGAUUUUAUAUGCGUUGGAAAUGACUUUCAACCUGAUAAAACAUAUUAAAAUAAAGACUUUACUAAUUUACUAAGAAUACAAAAACACAUCUCUAUAUACUUAAUAACCUGUGUUUUCUAUAGACGGUUCGUAUUUCAAGGAUAAAAGGAACCGCGCAGCAGGACACCGCGGACACGAAAAAACAAACAAAAUAAAAUAAAAAUAAAAAUAAAAAUGAACAAAUAUUUUGAGACUUUUGAGUUGGUCACUUCCCAAAAUAUGCAGACACAGCAAAGUUGUUUUGGUUUCUGAGUUUUCAACGAUAUACCGAACUUUCGAUCGCCAAACUGUCGUACCUGCUUCGGCUUACCGACCUCGUGCCCAGGAACUUGGCGGACAGACAUCGCUCAUCAUCGAUCGCUCAUCGUUUUUUCAACAUGAUCUCUUCUCAAAAUUAAGGCUAUGUCUUAAUUGUAAAACUUUUGAAAAUUAAGGAUAUGGCUUAAAUUUGAAAUUCUCCAAAAUUAAGGCAUAGCCUUAAUUUAAAAAAAAGAUCGCCAGAUUUGGAUUGGAUUAGGGUUAGACUAAGAUUAGAUUAGGAUUGGGGUUAGGGGUUCGAGGUUAGGGUGGGGGUUAGGUUUAAAAUCAAGGCAAUGUCUUAAUUUGAACGCUUUUUACUAUUAAGACAUAGCCUUAAUUUUCGGAAGAGAUCGAGCUGCGUUUUUUUCGUAUAUGAUAGUGGAUAGCCCGCGAACGGGCUACCCACAAAAAUUACAUCUCAUGCUUUAUAAAGUUUCCUAAAAGCAUUUAAAAUAUACUCCUUUAUCGCCUCCCUUAAAAUUAAUUGUACUUUAUAUGACCCCCCUCCACGGUAAUUUGCAGUGCUGAUGAGCUCCGUUUUCUGUGAUGCGAGAACAAAACACUAAACGCCCAUUUGGGAAAAAUAAUGGCUGUGUGCGUGCGCACACGCCAGUUUAUUGAUAAAUAAUGUCCAAUAAAUUAUAUUUACAUAAAUGAAAUAACAGAUAUCACAGAAAAGGUGGGGGCAUUUUCCCGCCACCUUGAACAUAUAUAUGAUAAGUUAGCUAGCAGUGACAGAAGCAGCAGGCGACCGAAAGAGAAAUGGGAGGGAAGGGAGGGUGCAAUCGAAAGACGAAACUGACUUGAGAUCUUGCUCCAAUGACAGCUUCAGAGGAAUGAAUCACGCACAGACAACUCGCGCUUAUAUAUGUCCCAUGUAUUACCAUGCGAUUGCUUCGUGAAGUAAAAUCCCGCAAUGUAACAACUUUUCCCUGUGAUAUUCUGUCAGGUGCGCUAGGUCACUAUGUAGCUAAAUGCCUAUACUAUAUGUCUAAAUAGAACGCGGGAGGCAAUGAAAUUACUAUUCGGCGAGCAAAUAGUGCCUUUUUGAUUUUUGAAGCUUUUUAAUAGUCUCAGACCUUGUGCAAUCUGGUGUAUUAAAUGGUCAAAUGCCCCAUAUGUCUUGUGACUCAACGGCAAAUGCUCUACCCUAACAGCAGUUCAAAAGGUCAAAUUUCCCGCUCUGGGGAUAGAGCAAGGUGUCAAAUUCCGGGGGUGGGCAUAUUAACAGUAUAAAUUGAUUGGCGCAUUAUUACUAGGGUUAGGAUUGUUGCUGGGGAUACCCAUAUCCAGGAUCUGAAAUUUGCAGUAUCCGAUAUCCACAGGAUACUAAAAUUAAGUUUUGGAUACCAAAUAGUGAAUGACUUGUAAUAGUUUUGUUUGUGGAAACACCACGUAAAUUUAUUACUGCAAAGCUUUCGAUUCGUAAGCCCGGAUCUUCAUCAGUGCUAAUAAUAUGUGACUUGUUUAAUUCACACGCCCUUUUUAUAUACAAAAUAUAUAAAAAGUUCUCUCGCAAAAUGAGAGUCAAUUGAAAUCGAGAAGCACAAUACUAUAGUUCAGGAGGGAAAGCCACUAGACAGUACGUGGCGUGCUCUCUUUAAUGUGCAAAAUUAAUUUCUCUUGUCUUGGAUGCACCUCCGCUCCUACGAAAUCUCCCACGGAGUAUCAUCAUUUGAUUAUGCGUGUGAAUUUCAAUGAAUGGGUGUGCAUUUAAGCGCCAUUUUUUACACGGGUGAUGAUUCCAAAGUGCGGGUGUCACCCGCUCAAUGCGGAUGAGUUCAUAUAUUUGUAGGUGUGGGUAUCUCAUUUGAUGAGAAAAGGGCAUGGUCUCUAGGUGUGGUCAUCCCAAAUUAACUAUUCAAUUUCAUGUAAUUUUGGAAUUGGACAUACACUUGCUCUGAUGAGAAUCUUGUUGGAAAGUAUGCUUUAUUUCAAUAAGAAUAACAUGUUCCUGUGUUUUAACAAGGUAGUAUCAACAUUUUAUGCACAAUUCAAUUUGGUAAUCAUUAAUUUACGGUACCAUUAAUAUACUGUAAAUUAGGAACUCAACUGCAUACUGUUUUUAAUUUUUGAAGUAACCGCAUGUAAAGAAACACUGACGAAAAUCACCAUUGUUGUUUGUCGGCGAGGAUGUGUUGCAUCUUUUUUAAUUUUCAUCCUCCUUGUACAAUUUUCACACUAACAUAGAAUUUUUCAAUCUCAUAAAUCUGUUGUUUUUUCUUUUGGAAUUAUCACAUUUUUGGUGGCAAAAAUAAUGUCACAAACUAGGUGCAUGCCAAAACAUUUUAAAAAUAAGUUACGGGUGAUUUCAUGAUUUUAUUUGGAAGAGAAUACAAUAGGAAUCUUAAAUCUGAAGUUUGUUUAACUAAUAAAAUAUAAUUAGCUAUUCCUUGAUUUUCUUUCACAUUUUUCUUAUGUCUUUCUAGAUUUAUCUUCUAUAUUCCAUUUAUUCUAUAUAGUGUCUCCCCUAUUUUCUUUUACCAUCCCACUUCCAUUAUUCCAUCUUCUUUUUCUCUUAUAUCUUUCUUAUCACCCCUCUUUCUGUUUUUUUUUCUCCAUUUCUCUCUGCUGUUAUUUUAUAUAUUUUCUUGUAAAUGUUCCUUUGGUUUAACUUUCUCUUAUUAUGCUUUUUCUCUCUCUACUUCCUUCUACUGUAUGUUCCCUCUAUAUCAUUCUUUAUCUUACUUUUAUUGGGUUUCUUUUCUUUGUUCUCCUGUUUAUGAUUCUUUAUUUGGCCAUUCGUCCUUAUAUCUUUCUUCUGUCCAUUACAUUGUUUUAUAUCUCUUUUUACCUUCAUAUUAAUUUUGUAUGCCUUUUUAUCUAAUAUCUUUAUUCUUUCUUUUCAGAUGUUGGCACAGAAAGGAAAGUUGAAAACUCGACAAAAGAAAUUGAAAGUCAAAAUGUAGACAACGUUUUACUGAGAGCAGUCAAAAAUCCAGUAUUUGUACCAAAAACAUUUCAACAAACGUUUAAUUCUGCGCAGACUUCAUCAAGUCGUUUAGCUUCAGCAAUAAAUGCUCCAGAGUUUGUGCCAGGUAAAGGUUUCUCUAGACAUGAAGAACCAGCGGAGGAAAGACUUCAAGCAAUAGAACAUUUUGUGAAUAACAAAAUAAAACAACUUACAGAAGAUCCAGGCUUAUUAGAUGAACUAUCAAUAUCAAUGGCAAACUAUUUAUCAGAUUAUAUUAGAGUUGAAAACGAUAUGAUAAAACUAUCAGACUUACUAUUUGAAAAGGUAGGUCAUCUUCAAAACUUCUAGUAUGUAAAGUGUGUAUUUAUUGAUUGCUCUAAUUACUAAUAGGAGUAUGAAGUCUUCAUGCACAUGUGUGUACAGUAGAAUUUGCACUGUCCUGAAUGUAUGUGGGGUAUACAAUACUGUACAUAAUACAUUUUGUUUUAUAGUGUGUAUCAGAGCAACACUUCCAGUACACUGGAUCAAAACUAGCUAAUCACCUGGAUAAGUACUUAGUUCCGAAAACGACAGAACAAUUACAAUUCAGGAUAGUAUUUCUGAAAAGGUAAAGCGCUAUAAACUAUAUCUUUAUCGCUUCCCCCUAAAUGGACAAUACUACUCAGUCCCCUUAGCGGC